CUCGCCGUUUGCUGCGAAGGAAAAGGCAACAAGAAGGAACAGCAAUGGCGCCACAGUAUCGCCGAGCACACACACUGGACACGUUCACCUGCCUUCACAGCACACACACUGUUUUUACUCUGAAACUCCUGGGAAGCAGAUUUUGAAGGGCAGAAAGCUGAUCAAACUCAGUAAAGGAGGCGAGUAUGUGCUCUUGUAUGGUCACUUCCCAACUCAUGAGGAUUUCAAACCUGUCAUUUGCGAUGUCUGCAACAAAGCUGUUAAAGCCUCAGGACGCCCUGACUCAUUACGGUAGCUGGGGAAUAGAACAGUGAGUAAAGAGGAGCGGACCCCACCGCAACCCACUCAGUCAUGCAUAGCAAGAACCAGAGGAGACACUGUUCGCCCAGCAGCUCCAGAACCCCUUUGGUUCCUGUCAAGGGUGAGAUGUCUGUGGGUCAGAGUGAAGUGGAGCCGCUGCCCUUCCGGAUCCCUCGUGAUUAUCCCCACUCCCGCUUCAGCAAGGCACCGCUGGCCGUCUAUCCGCCCAAGGGAGCACGAGCAAAGGCCUGUGUUUCCUUACCUGUGGUCAGUCUGGAGAAGAUGCCGUGCUUCAACAGAUCGGAGAGUGCGCACAUCAAAGUCAGCUCCACAUCUCCCUCGGCAGGUUCUUCUCUUUCGUUCUCUUUUUCCUCUUCCUCAUCAUCUUCUCCAUCGUCUGCUCCUCUCAAGUCCUCCAUGACAUCACCAGCAUCACACAAGAACCAGGAGAAAACUGUAAACGGUCGUGGUCCUGUGACUCCUCGCGCCACUACGCCUCCUUCACUGAUUGACAGGCGGCCCAGCCCGUCACGGUCACCCUUGGAGAAACGCCCCGCCCCCUCUCCCUCCUCACAGGAGAGGAGACCUGCAGCCUCCACGUCUCCGUCCUUAUUGGGCAGGAGGCCAACAGUCCAGACCUCUUCCCCAGACAGGAAAAUUCAGAAUGGAGCCAAAGGCGGGAGACACAGGAGAGUGUCAGGGAGAGUCUUUGAUCCUAAUAAACACUGUGGAGUUUUGGACCCAGAAACAAAACGACCUUGCACUCGUUCUUUAACCUGUAAGACUCACUCUCUGACCAAUCGGCGAGCUGUUCCAGGACGGAGGAAAGAUUUUGACAUUCUUUUAGCUGAGCACAAGGGGCGGGCAAAGGAGAAGGACACGGGGCAAAAGAAGGACGUUCAAGCCAGCAGCCAAUCAGUGCAGAUGACACAGUCACAUGACACUGCACCCAGCCUAUCCACAAGCUGUUCAAACGGCAAGACCACUCCCACUCUGAAACUGCGGCUGGCCAAUUCUCACAUGCACAGAGUGUCUGGUAGCGGCGCUGUGGUUCUCAGUUCGACACCCAUACCCCCUCCUCCUGAAUCCGCACCCAGCUGGCAGAGAUGCAGCGCAGACGCCCGUCUGUCCAGCGACGAGGGAGAGACAGAUCUCCCUGAGGACUUGGAGAAGCCGUCGUGGCAUUACUCGACACAUCACCCGCGACCCAUUAAUUGUUGUGCGUUCAGCAGUCGGUUGAUGGGGAGAGGUCACUAUGUGUUCGACAGACGGUGGGACCGUGUAAGGCUGGCGCUCCACUGCAUGGUGGAAAAACACGUCAAUUCUCUGAUGUGGAGGAAAGUCCCCCUGGCAGUGGAGAGCAGGACAAGUGCUUCCCCCUGCCCAUCUGAAGUGUCUCCGCUUGGCUCACCGUUUCUCCCCAACCACACGAUCACGGCUCCUCUGGACGGGGUGUCUGUGCUCUCCUACUCCUCGUCUUUACCGCACAACGGCGCGGGGGUCUUCUGUAUCAGGGACCCCGAACCGGGCCCCAAACUGCAGCGAACAAAACCAGCCAAGCCGCUCAAAGCCUCAGCGGAAGGACCAGGACCUAAAAAACGGAAACCGCCCUUCAACUGUGAGUCCGGGGCUUACCGGAAAAACAGUGGAAACAGCUACCAUCUGCCACUGGGUGCAGCACACAUCAAUAACGGAACCGCGGCACUUAGCGUGCGGGCGAAGCCACGGCCCAGCGGACAAGGCCCGAGGGACCAGGACAGGUACGGUGGUGUGGAUUUGUCUCUCCCUCAGGCUCUCACCGGGGAUCACGGAGCCAUCUCAUCACAGAGUCCUCUAACAUAUGGCUCUUCUGAUGGGAGGAAACGCAAGAGUUCUGUAUGGAGUGCGGGCAGCGACAAACCCAGUAAAACCACCAAAUCGACAGCACUGGACGCAAUAUUGAGGAAAAGCAGCAGCAGUCUGUUGUCGUCGGCCGCAGAAACACCCCACAGCACCCUCUCUAGACAGCCCAAGGAACCUCACUGAUGCUGUGCGACAACUUUAGCAUAUCAUGUGGUUCUUUUGGGCUGUAGGACAGCGGAGACACCGAGCACUGUGUCUGUCCUGCCUUUAUUCCCCACGGCUGCCUCUCUACACUUCAUUUACAUCAUUUGCUUUCUCAUUUCCUACAGGGCUUCUUCCGUACCACAUCCCAUUAGAAACUACUCUUCUAUGAGUAUAAAAGGAAGGAUUUAUCUCAAUACAGAUCCAUAGUUUCCUGUAAAAACAAAUGACAAUAUUUCACAAACUGCAGUUUCACGCAAUUUCUGAUUAUUUUGUCUUGUUCAUAACAAACACGUCUCAGACAUUCAGCGAUGCACGUAUGGAGUUUGGAAAUCAUUAGUUAGCGACAGUAUGGAGGAGAACUCUUCAGACUCAACCUUGUCUCUCUAAAGUGCACUUAAUUUCAUGCCUGAGGAGGAAAACAACGUUUCAACCAAGGGAAUAUUUUCAAGACGCUUUUUUUGGGAAGCUGUAUUUUUUAAUUCGGAUGAAUUCAGGCUUUUGAGUAUUUCGUUUUAACAGAAAUAAAAAGUCAGGACUCGCACCCCAAUUGUAAAGCAACUAAACCAGUGAUUAAUUUUGUUUAAUAAUUUAUGGUUCUUUAUUAAUUUUCUAACUGACCUAAAUAGCGCUUCACGUGUUAAGCAGAAGUAUAUUUGUAUGCCAUUUUAAAAGUUUAAAGUAUUAUAGAGACCCUGAUGUUGGAAAUCUGUACAUAUCUUUUAUUAUAAAUGUUUGUUUUUUUGUAUUUAUUGUUAGCAUCUUUACGAGGAUUGAGUGGUUUCUAUCGUCCUUUAGUCAUAUGUACAGUAUAUUCAUAAAUCUACAGAUGGUUUGUUAUGAAAGGGCCUAGCAUCCUUAUGUUUGUUCCUUUAAUACUCUGAUGUAUUUUUUUAAAGGAAUACUAAGCGAAAUGAUGUUCCCACAGAAUCCCAGUCUACCAGGAGUUUUCUAGAGGAAAAGUACAGUGGCGGUAUUGGCCAAUUCUGUUUCAGUGGGGUCAUAACUAAGUGUACCUUUUUAACUUCUGAAAUUAAGACUUUCUCAAGGAGUUAACAGAGAAAUGUUUGCUAUUGUUCAGCUGAGCAUAUUGGCACAACUUAGUCCAACAUGAAAUCAAAAUUACUUUCUUAAUAUGUGUUCCUGGUCCUAUCGUGCACAAAAGUUCUACAGAAUCUGUAAAGAUCUCUUUUUUGCAUUUUUUCAGGAUUUUCAAACUCCUUGAUUUAUGAAAGUAUUGGAUAUAUGAACUUUACGAGGAGAAAUAAUCGUGUAUAGUUGCUCAAGCGGCCGCGGUGCAUACUGUGCAAAUACGUUACGCUCUGUGAUCUCAAAAACCCAGCGUUUGUUUGCUGUGACAGCUUUUUAGCCCCAUAAACAUUAUUAUUACCGUGUUGCCUUGCUGCCAAUGCAAAACUCUCUGUAGGUCAGCUACCAGCUAGAAACCAACCCUGGACCCCUUUCACGUCACCGGUCAUGGGUGAAGUGCUUCCAUGUGGAGUUGGCGCUGUAAUGUUUGUGUAUGUAUAACAGCAACUCAUGCUUAAGGUUAGAGGUCAAGACAGCUGUGACAUAACCCCACAACAUUUUGCCUUUUCCCAUUGGAUGUCAGUCAUUAGAUAUAUGAGGCCUAUCAUUCAAUAGAUUUAUUGUCAGAAAAGGGAAUUUUGUAUACUACCGGUCAAAAGUUAUGAAACACUUACUCAUUCUUUAUUAUUAAUUUUUUUUUCACAUUUUAGAAUAAUAGUAAAGUCAUAAAAACUAUGGAAUAACAGAAAUGGAACUAUGGGAAUUAUGUUGUGACUAAACAAAAUCCAAAAUAAAUCAAAACUAUGUUAUAUUUUAGCAUCUUCAAAGUAGUCACUCUUUGCCUAGAAUUGUGCAGACAUGUACUCUUGACAUUUUCUCAACCAACUUCUUGAGGUAUCACCCUGGGAUGCUUUUUAAACAGUAUUGAAGGAGUUCCCAUCUAUGUUGGGCACUUAUUGGCUGCUUUUCUUUAUUAUUUGGUCCAAGUCAUCAAUUUCAAAAACUUUUUUUUUUUAUUACAUUUUAGAUAUAUAAUGAAAUAAAUUAAUAUGGUGGCACAAUUAUAUUUUUUGUCUACAAAAAUAAUUUCAAACAUUUAAGCAUAUGCCUUCAGAUCAAAAGAUUUUUAAGAUCAUGAGAAACAUUUCAGUCAGAUGUUUCAAAACUUUUGACCGGUAGUGUAUGUGUGUGUGUGUGUGUGUGUGUGUAUAUAUAUAUAUAUAUAUAUAUAUAUAUAUAUAUAUACACAUACACAGUGGCAAGAAAAAGCCUUUAAACCCUUUGGAAACAGCUGUUUUUCUGCAUUAUUUGGUCAUAAAAUGUGAUCUCGUCUUCAUCAAAGUCACAAGUAUAGACAAACCACAAUGUGAUUAAGCUAACAACACACAAACAAUUGUAAUCUUUAAUUUCUUUAUUGAACACAUCCCAUUAAACAUUCUCAGUGCUGUGGAAAAUGUAAGUGAACCCUUGUAUUUAAUAACUGUUCGAUCCUCCUUUGGCAGCAAUAACCUCAACCAAGCAUUCCAGUAGAUGCGGAUUAGACCUGCACAACGUUCAGAAAGCAUUUUGGACCAUUCUUCCUACAGAACUGCUUCAAUUCAUCCAUAUUCUCAGGAUGUCUGGUGUGAACGGCUCUCUUGAGGUCAUUCCACAGCAUGUCAACUGGGUUAAGGUCUGGGCUUUGACUGGGACACUCCAAAAGGUGAAUUUACUUUUUGAAGCCAUUCUGUAGUGGAUUUACUUCAAUGUUUAGGGUCAUUCUCCUGUUGCAUCACUCAACUUUUACCAGCUUUAGCAGGUGCACAGCCACCCUGACAUUAUCCAGUAGGAUGAUAUCUUGAUAAACUUUUUUCCUCGAUGAUGGCAAGCAGUCCCAAAUCAUGAUGCUCCCUCCACCAUACUUCACCAUUGGGAUGAUGUUUUCAUGUUGGUAUGAGGUGCCAUUUUUACGCCCUACACAGUGCUGCGUUUUCUUCCCAAACAAUUCAACCUUAGUUUCAUCAGUGCACAAAAUGUUUUCCCAGUAGCAUUGUGGAGUGUCAAGGUGGUCUUUGGCAAACUUCAGGAGCGCAGAAAUGUUUUUGUUGGAAAGCAGCAGCUUCCUUCGUGGUAUCCUGCCAUAGACACCAUGCCUGUUUAAUGUUUUCUGUAUAGUAGACUCAUGAAAAGAGAUGUUAACCAGUUACAAUGAUUCCUUCAAUCUUUAGCUGUCUAACUGUGGAAAGAUGAAUAUCUAAGGUCUUCCAGAUAACUUUGUAACUCUUUCCAGCUUUAUGCAAAGCAGCAAUUCUUGAUCGUAGGUCUUCUGAAAUCUCUUUCUUGCAAGGCAUGGUCCAUGUCAGUAGAUGCUUCUUGUGAAUAGCGAACUCAAAAUGUUUGAGUGCUUUUUAUAAGUCAAAGUAGUCUAACCCACACCUCCAAUCUAGUUUCAUUAAUUGGAUGCCAGGUUUGCCAACUUAUGACUCUAAUUAGCUUUUGUGGAUGUCAUUAGCCUAGGGGUUCACUUACUUUUUCCACAGCACUGUGAAUGUUAUUGGGAUGUGUUCAAUAAAAGAUAUUAAAGAUUAUAAUCGUUUGAGUGUUGUUAGCCUAAGCACAUUGUGUUUGUCUAUUUUUGUGACUUUUGUGAAGUUGAGAUCACAUUUUAUGUCCCAUUAAUGCAGAAAACCAGCUAACUCCAAAGGGUUCACAUACUUUUUCUUGCCAUUGUGUGUGUGUAUAUAGACAGUUGAAGUCAGAAGUUUACAUACUCCUUAACCAAAUACAUUUAAACUCAGUUUUUCACAAUUCCUGACAUUUAAUUGUAGAAAACAUUCCCUGUCUUAGGUCAGUUAGGAUCACUACUUUAAGAAUGUGAAAUGUCAGAAUAAUAGUAGAGAGAAUGAUUUAUUUCAGCUUUUAUUUCUUUCAUCACAUUCCCAGUGGGUCAGAAGUGUACAUACACUUAUGUACACUUGUCAGUAUUUGGUAGCGUUGCCUUUAAAUUGUUUAACUUGGGUAAAAGUUUUUGGGUAGACUUCCACAUGCUUCUCACAUUGAUUUGCUGGAAUUUUUGCUUGCGCACACUUUCAGUUAUGCCCACAAAUAAUCAGAUUGAGGUCAGGGCUUUGUGAUGGCCACUCCAGUACCUUGACUUUGUUGUCCUUAAGCCAUUUUGCUCCUAAGCCAUUUUGCCCCAACUUUUGAGGAAUGCUUGGGGUCAUUGUCCAUUUGGAAGACUCAUUUGAGACCAAGCUUUAACUUCCUGACUGAUGUCUUGAGAUGUUGCUUUAAUAUAUCCAUAUAAUUUUCCUUCCUGAUGAUGCCAUCUAUUUUGUAAAGUGCACCAGACCCUCCUGCAGCAAAGCACCCCCACAACAUGAUGCUGCCACCCCCAUGCUUCACGGUUGGAAUGGUGAUCACCCUUUUUCCUCCAAACAUAACGAUGGUAAUUAUGGCCAAACAGUUCAAUUUUUGUUUCAUCAGACCAGAGGAAAUUUCUCCAAAAAGUAAGAUCUUUGUACCCAUGUGCACUUGCAAACUGUAGUCUGGCUUUUUUAUAGGGGUUUUGGAGCAUUGGCGUCUUCCUUGCUGAGCAGCCUUUCAGCUUAUGUCGAUAUAGGACUCGUUUUACUGUGGAUAUAGAUACUUGUCUACCUGUUUCCUCCAGCAUCUUCACAAGGUCCUUUGCUGUUGUUCUGGUAUUGAUUUGCACUUUUUUCACCAAACUACGUUAAUCUCUUGGAGAGAGAAUGCGUCUCUUCCUGAACGGUAUGAUGGCUGCGUGGUCCCAUGGCGUUUAUACUUGUGUACUAUUGUUUGUACAGAUGAACGUGGUACCAUCAGGUGUUUGGAAAUUGCUCCCAAGGAUGAACAAGACAUGUGGAGGUCCACCGGUUUUUUCUGAGGUCUUGGCUGAUUUCUUUAGAUUUUCCCAUGAUGUCAAGCAAAGAGGCACUGAGU